AUGCACUUCUCUCACGCCAUCCUCCCAUUCCUUUCCCUGUUCUCCUCUCGGGCUUUCGCCGCUUCUCCGUCCUCCGCUCAAGCUGGGUCAGCCGACAUCCUGUAUUGGCCGGUAGCCUCGUCUCAACCCUCGGUACUCGCCCGCAUCUCGUACGAUCCUGCAUCUUUAACGUCAGAUGUGGUAGCCUACUCUCCACCAAGGAUUGCGGAUCUUGAAGGCCGCCGUGAUUUAGAAGCGGAUGCCCAAGAUCUCGCCCGCGUGGGUCUCUUCACCUCCACGCCAACCAACCCAAAACAAUGGGUAGGCUCUCUUACGUCGCUCUCUUUGCUUGCAGAGAGUGAGGCUCAAAAGCCAACUCUGCGGCUUCAUCUUGGACCCUCGGGCGAGGUCUACCACGUUUCAUUGGCGGCGUCUUCAUCGUCUGCGGCAACAUCCAGCUCAGCGGGCUUGAACAUAGAACUCCUAUCCAGCGAAGACGGUCCGCGUCCGCAUCUCAAUCGGCCUGUUGUGGUCGGCCCAGAUGGGAAGAGUCCAGAAGAGGUCGUUGAGAAGACCUUUUUCCAGAAGUAA